AUGUUCUGGUCUGACUGGGGGUAUGAUGCCAAGAUAGAGAGAGCCUGGAUGGACGGCCAGCACAGACAGCUGGUCAUUGGGGACAAGGUCAUCUGGCCGAAUGGACUGACUGUGGACUUUGUGCUGGACAGGCUGUACUGGGUGGAUGCAAAGUUUGACCACAUUGAGGUGGCAGACUUUAAUGGGCAACACAGGCGAGUGGUAACAAGCAGGGGCAUGCAGCACCCAUUCAGUGUCACAGUAUUUGAGGACACCCUGUAUGUCUCUGAGUGGACUACAGGCACAGUGACAGUACUUAACAAGUUCAGUGGGGACAACAGAACCUCUCUGCCUGAAUUAUUCCACAGACCAAUGGGGAUACAGGUCUAUCACCCUUUACGACAACCUACAGUGUAUAAUUAUUGUGAACCCCUCCAACCCAAGUGUAGUCACCUCUGUCUGCUGAAACCAGGUGGAGCCAGCUGUGCAUGUCCAAGAGGAUACACACUGGAAGCUGGUCACUUGUGUCAAAUUACAAAAACCUUUACCAGUGGUGCAACACCUGAGAUUUCUGGUAUUAGUUCUGUCGCUACUACUCCUGUUUAUCUGGACAGAAAAAAUACAAUUUCUUUAUCUGCAUCCACUGCCAAAAGUUUCUUUGGUCCUAGUACAAAAGCUGUGCAUGAGUCAAAUUUGGAACUCCUUAGACCUCAAGAAGGGGUUACUGAAAAACAACAGACGGCAUCAACCAUGACAACUGAAAAUCCUGCAGUGCCAAGAGGUGGGUCCGUUGCCAUUGACACUGAUGUUACCAUGACAAUUCCAGUGAGUUACAAACACCCUAUAGCAACACACAAAGUGACACCUCCCACUGUGACAGCCAGGAAUCAAUUGGAUAAUGUAAAAGGAGAGUCUGGGGAUGAUGUAACAACUGUGAGUAGUACAACUACAAGGACACUGAAUGAACAUAAAGCACAAGGGGCCCACACAAAAUCAGUUUCCAUGGUGACAGUUCAAGUCCCCAGUAAUGGACAUCCAGAGAGAGAACAUGUGGAUAAUGAAGGCCCUUCUGUAAACAAUGAUUUGCCAAACAAAACCAAACUAUGCAUUGCCACAUGUUUAAAUGGAGGAAAUUGUGAGGGAGGCAUUUGUGUAUGUUGGAAAGGUUUUACUGGCCCCAGUUGUGAGGUCAUGAUCUCAUCCAAUCUGACCAAUGAGAAACCCGAGGGGAAGGAGGAAGCUGGUGACCUGAGCAUUGUAGUCAUCCCCGUGAUGUCUGUCCUGGUUGUCAUCACGGUCAUCAUUGCUGCUGUGUCCUGUUAUUGUAAGAAACAGAGAAUGAAAUCACAUCUUCUCCUAAUCAAGUAUAGCAACAGACACAACCAAGUAAAGCAGACGGAUGAAGAACACUUGGUAGAACAUGCCUUCCAUAACCCUGCAUUUGCUAGUGAAGAAGAUGAAAGUGAUCACCAGAAUGCCAGUCUUCACAAUUCACAGUGUACCAUAGUCACGUCUUCGGAUUCAUCUGACUCCGCUUUCACUGAUGAGAAAUCAGAUGAACAAAAUACCUGAAGCUAGCUAGCCUAGCAAACUAGUUUAUCCACAUGAAUUGACACUCUUCUGUCCAGUACAGUAUU